CUUCUGCCGGGGCCCCGCCUCCCCAGCGCCGCUGCAGGAAGCCGGAAGCGGCCAGGGCGCUGGGCAGGCAGGGCGAGAGGUGAAAAAGAAAACUGUCUAAUCAAGGAGCAAAGAUGCAGAGCACUGCCAAUUACCUCUGGCUGUUGUCUGACAUUCUAGGGCAGGGAUCUACUGCAAAUGUUUUCCGUGGACGACAUAAGAAAACUGGGGAUUUAUAUGCUGUCAAAGUGUUUAACAGUAUAAGUUUCCUUCGCCCUGUGGAUGUUCAGAUGCGAGAGUUUGAAGUAUUGAAGAAACUAAAUCAUAAGAACAUUGUCAAAUUGUUUGCCAUUGAAGAAGAGACAACAGCUAGGCACAAAGUACUAGUUAUGGAAUUUUGUCCCUGUGGGAGUUUGUAUACAGUUUUAGAGGAGCCAUCUAAUGCCUUUGGUUUACCAGAGUCUGAGUUCCUAAUUGUUUUGAGAGAUGUGGUGGCUGGGAUGAAUCAUCUUCGGGAGAAUGGAAUAGUGCACCGUGACAUCAAGCCUGGCAACAUCAUGCGUGUUAUAGGUGAGGAUGGCCAGUCUGUGUACAAGCUUACAGACUUUGGUGCUGCACGAGAACUGGAAGAUGAUGAACAGUUUGUUUCUCUGUAUGGCACAGAAGAGUAUUUGCAUCCUGAUAUGUAUGAGAGAGCAGUUUUGAGGAAAGAGCAUCAGAAAAAGUAUGGAGCAACAGUUGAUCUGUGGAGCAUAGGGGUGACCUUUUACCAUGCUGCUACAGGGAGUUUGCCUUUCCAACCUUUUGAAGGACCUCGGAGAAACAAGGAAGUGAUGUAUAAAAUAACCACUGGAAAGCCUUCUGGUGCUAUCUCUGGAGUACAGAAAACAGAAAAUGGACCAAUUGAGUGGAGUUGGGAGAUGCCUGUUUCUUGUAGUCUUUCAAAGGGUCUGCAAGUACUGCUCACACCUGUCCUUGCAAAUAUUCUUGAAGCAGACCAGGAGAAAUGCUGGGGGUUUGACCAGUUCUUUGCAGAGACAAGUGACAUACUGCACCGAAUAAUAAUCCACAUCUUUUCAGUACAGCAGAUGACCUUGCACAAAAUAUAUAUUCACAGCUAUAACACAGCUACUAUAUUUCAUGAGCUGGUCUACAAACAGACAAAAAUACCAUCUCAGAAUCAAGAACUGUUAUAUGAAGGUCGGCGUUUAAUAUUGGAGCCUGGCAGACUGGCACAGCACUUCCCCAGGACAACUGAGGAGAAUCCUAUCUUUGUAGUAAGCAGGGAGGCAGUGAACAUUGUUGGAUUAAUCUAUGAAGAAGUUUUACUUCCGAAAGUGCAUCAACGUUAUGAUCUGGAUGGGGAUGCAAGUAUGGCUAAAGCAGUAACAGGGAUUGUGUGUUAUGCCUGUAGAGUUGCCAGUUCUUUGCUACUUUACCAGGAGCUGAUGCGAAAAGGAAUACGGUGGCUAAUUGAAAUAAUCAAGGAUGACUACAAUGAAAUGGUUCAUAAAAAGACAGAGGUUGUCAUUAGACUGGAUUUCUGCAGCAGAAACAUUGAGAAAGCUGAGAAAAUAUAUGAGAAUUUGAUGCAGAUCAAUUUGGAAGCAUCAGAAGUGGAUGACAUUUCAGAGAUACAUACAAAGCUGUUGCGUCUCUCCAGCUCUCAGGGCACAAUAGAAACUAGUCUUCAAGAUAUCAAAACCAAACUUUCUCCUGGUGGUUUACUGGCUGAUACCUGGGCAAAUCAGGAAGGCAUGCAUCCAAAAGACAGAAGUCCAGAAAGGCUGCAGGCUCUGCUAUGUUCCAUCACUGAUAUUUAUUAUCAGUUCAAAAAAGACAAAGCAGAACGAAGGCUUCCUUAUAAUGAAGAACAAAUUCACAAGUUUGACAAGCAGAAGCUGUAUUUGAAUGCUACAAAAGCCAUAGCUCUGUUCAAAGAUGAAUGUGUCCGCAAGUAUGACACAUUUUUGGACAAAGCUGGGGACUGGGCAAGGAAAAUGCUUCACACAAGAAAGCAGUUACUGGCUCUCACCAACCAAUGCUUUGAUAUUGAAGAAGAGGUAUCAAAAUACCAGGAUUAUAUAAAUGAGUUACAAGAUGCUUUGCCACAGAAAAUGUUUGCAGCUUCCACUGGGAUGAAACAUACAAUGAACACAGUCUAUCCGAGCUCAAACACACUAGUGGAAAUGACUCUUGGUAUGAAGAAACUAAAGGAAGAAAUGGAAGGGGUUGUUAAAGAGAUGGCUGAGAACAAUCAAAUUUUGGAAAGGUUUGGUGCUUUUACUAGGGAUGGUGGCCUGCGGAACGUGGACUGUAUCUAGCUUCCAAAGGACCUGAAGGGACUUGUACAUUUUUUCAAAGGGAAAAAAAUUCAGUUAGGACAUUUAAAAGCAGAUAGAAGAUCUGUAUUCUAUUUGGUUGGGUUUUUUUCUUUUUUUUUUCCCCUCUACAAUUGUAGUAUUAAAAAAAUGUAAAUAUGUAUAAUAUGUAAAUAUAAAUGAAAUAUAUAUCUUUUUUUUGGUCAGUGUUAGGAUAGAAUGAGCCCUAGGAGGACCUCUGACAGUGUCCUAAAGGAAAAAAGUAUUGUUGAUGAAAUUUGUAUUUGUUAACUUUGAAUAUUGCCCAUUUUCAGACUCCAAUUCAGUCUUUAUUGCAAAAGGACUUUCAGAACUCUAAACAUUAUGAAUAUCUUUCAAAGGGUGUUUUGGAUUUCCUUUCAUCACGACUAUUAUUUUUGAGUCUAGCUGAAUGACUCUGAUCAUCACAGAACAUGAUGACCAUUUUAAAUGAGAUCUUUUUAAAUAAGUGUGAAUAGGGACUAAAAGUGCUGAUAGAACAGAGUGGAAAUAUAUUUAUCUUUUCUUCACAUCCAAACUGUUAAUUCACUUACACUUGAGAAAACAAAAUCACAAUAGUUUUUUAAGUUCCCCUCCAUGUUUGGUGCCAGGUUGUCUGUAAUGAUUUGACUGCUCAGUAUAUGGAAGUUUUGCACUCCAGGUUUUCAGACUGAGUAUAAAAAUUCCUUUUCAUGAAGUACAGCAUUUUCAGGAUUUCCCUGGAAUGUUCACCUUUAAAAAAAGAGAGUUCACAAAAUAAAAGCUUUUUCAGAAUCCUGCUUGCAGGCAUGAUUUUUAAAAAUGGCUGAAAAUGGUAUUAGGAGAGUUUGUAGGCAAGUCAGUAAACUGGAUAGCAUAAUGCCUCAGUGGUAACUGAAUAUUGGAAAAAUGAGUUACAGUCUAGAUCUUGAAAAGGGACUGUAUACCUUACUGACCUAUGACUGAGCUGUCAAACUUAGGUGAAAAAUUUAGUCAGACUGUAUGCUUAUUUUUCAGUAUCAGUAGUUACUGGUUUUAGUUCUCCAUGAUUGGGUCACAGGGUUGCAGAAUGAACCAGUCUGCUCCAAAAUACAUAGGAGAGGAA